AUGGCAGGUGCAAAGAAGUUGAUUUUGGCAGUUAAACAGAUUUUGCGCAUGAGAAACCAAGUUCUUCAUAAUAACAUCUCGGUUAAAUCUGAGGAGGUGGGGAGGAUGAUGACAACAUUAUUAGCAGAUUACAAAGAAGCUCAGCCCCUUAAUCUGAAUGGGCUCAUCAGAAAUAGUCAGCCCCCGACCAAAUGGAGGCCUCCACAACCCUCAGUUAUCAAGAUCAAUUUUGAUGCAGCUCUUCGAGACUCCAAGGUGAGAAUUGGUGUAAUUGCCCGUGAUGCGGAAGGGGCUCACAUUGCUUCCAAAUCAAUUUGUGUUCCAGGGCCUUUGAAUCCCCUUUUUGCGGAAAGUAUUGCAGCCAGGGAGGCUCUGGUUUUUACCAAGUCCCUCAACUGUCAUGAUGUUGUGCUGGAAGGGGAUUCUCUGUUGGUUAUCAAGGCUUUGGAGGGAAACGAGGUGGACUUAUCUGAGAAUGGUUUGUGUAUUGCUACUACAAAAAAUAUGCUUGAUUCCUUUGUUCAUGUCAAGUUCUCUCAUGUUAAAAGAUCAGCAAAUUAUGUUGCUGACACGUUAGCUAAGUAUGCUUUAUCUAAUUAUGACUCUCAUGAGUGGUUUGGGGAGAAGCCUGCAUUCCUCCUUCAUGUAAUUGAGACUGAUUGUCUCGUUCUUUCUUCUUAA